CACAAAAAUUUCGAACGUGUCGUUUUCGGCGUCCCUCUUGCUAUUUCUCAUGUAUUUCUGUAAGAUGUAAUAUCAGCCAUCAUUUUUCUAAGUUAUCGGGGAAUAGUAUUAUGUAUGGAAAUGUGGAAAUUCGACAAAAUUUCAUUCGGCCAAGCACAUAUGCCGCGAGAGGACAGUGGUGGCAGCAUGGCGAUGGAGGCGCGCGUAAAAGAGGAGACCCACGAUCAAGUUUCGGACCAUGCACUUAUUAAGAGAGAAGCAGAAUUCACAGAUGAAGAGAUGCAUGUAAAGACGGAGCUACUCAGCUUGGGCAAUGAGUGUAAAAUUAGUGAGGCAGCUAUGCUGGCCGAACUGUACAAAGAUCAUAUAGUCAAGGGUGAACUGGUGCUGGGUCCGGAGCACCCUCAUCAGCCAGAUGUAAUGUUGGUAGUACAUGCACUUAUUAAGAGAGAAGCAGAAUUCACAGAUGAAGAGAUGCAUGUAAAGAAGGAGCUACUCAGCUUGGGCAAUGAGUGUAAAAUUAGUGAGGCAGCUAUGCUGGCCGAACUGUACAAAGAUCAUAUAGUCAAGGGUGAACUGGUGCUGGGUCCGGAGCACCCUCAUCAGCCAGAUGUAAUGUUGGUAGUACAUGGCUGGGCGUCAGCUGACGCGGAUGGCUGUCCCGAUUCACCAGCGCUGGAGCGCGUCCACCGCCCGGAACUCGUGCUCCGGGAUUGCUACGUGCGACUGGAACGUCUACGAAACCACGAGGCGCUCGCCAGUCACGAUGUAACCCCCAUGAACACAACUAUUGAUACUAACAAAUAUUAUACUGAAGAUAAGAUUUCCACUAAACUUUUCUCUGAGAAAAAAGGGAAAGAACUAAUAAGUGAAACUUUUGGUAGCUUUGUUUCAAAGUCGGAUUUGAAGAAACAUGCCAAGAAACAUAUUCAAAAGUCAAGCAUGAAGAAGGAAAAAGACAAGCAUUGUGUUGCGGGGAGAGAUAAGAACAAAACGUUUUCUGGCGGACGCAAACAGAAGUCAGCACGGGAGCGCGCCUCAAGCAAACAACUCACGUUACGGGAGUGCUUUGUGAGAAUCGCGCGCCUCCCGCACCAUGCGCUGCUCAGAUGUAACAUGCGGCCGCCAACGCGCUCCGCCAAUCUCCAGCCGCGAGUCACACAGGGGAGCCCCCACCUGAUUCACCAAACAAAAUUAAAUCAAAGAAAAUAACUAACACGAAAUAAUACGUGUGCGACACUUGCCAUCGUACAUUUCUACAUCGAAAAUACUUAAUCAAACAUAUUAGACUUCAUUUAAGAAAAAAAUUUGAGUCAUCAAACGUUGAGUACGAUAAUUAUACACGAAUUAAUCUUCUAGUAUUUCUAAAAUACUGCCUGCGUUGUUGAGUGGCUCUACGCAGCAUAAAGAACUACCUGAAAAAUCCUAUUGGUGCGAAAAAUGCAACGCACGGUUUGAAAUAUUGCACCAUUUUAAAAUACAUAGACGUCUUCAUAUGGGUCUAAAUGUAUUCACGUGCGAAGUAUGUGAAAAGAAGUUUACCAAUUCGAACAGUUUUGAGUCGCAUAAACGAAUCCAUAGUGGCGCAAAACCUUACUCUUGCGACAUAUGCAAAAAGAGUUAUGCCCAAAUGAGCAACUUGAAUUAUCAUAAACGCGUACACACUGGCGAGAAACCGUUUGUUUGCGAGAUUUGUAAGAAACGGUUUACGUACGCGACCUCCUUAACUGUACAUAUACGUAUUUGUCAUACGGAUAUAAAGCCAUAUACGUGCAAAG